UUGGCGGCGCACGCGGCCGGCAGAGGCACCAAGUUUGUUCUCCAACAACUCGCGCGCACCUUUGUUGUGUCGUCAGGGUGCUCUGCUGGAGAACGGACAAGAGGUGCGCAUCAUCAGGCAAAUCGAGCAAUUAAGGCGUUUUUCCCCACGCAGUUGUUUCUGCAAUACGUUGAGUGAUUUCCGGUAAAAUCCAGUCCAAAUCCGCCUAGCAGCGAAUUUCACCAGUUCAAGCUCACGUUACGUUGGCACCACUGCGCGCAAGUGUGAUUUUCAGUGAUUUCACACGAACGUACGGUUGUGUGAUCGCCAUCUUCGCAAUUUCCAAAUUUCGAAGAUGUUUUUCGAAAAAAUGAUUCUUAAUUUUUCCUUCGCAUACUCCUAGAGGUAGGCUUGCAAUAUAAAAAAUCUGCCCAGCAACAGUUGCAAUAGAGCUAGAAAACCUCACAAACUUCACCGCAGCCUCCUGCAGCCUCUGCCCAGUUCACAUUUUCCGGACGGCAGCCUCUUUAUUCUUACGAAAAACUCUAACCUUGACCGACACUUAUAAAAAUGGAUCCUGACAAUUCGAUCGGUGCUUCUGGCAUCUCGAUUCCCAACUGGAUGAAACAGAAAAUUGGUGAUCGUUAUGACCUAGACGAUUCCACGGCCUUCUCGCCUCCAUCGCAAGACGAAUCAUUCUUUUAUAUCCGCUAUCCAAAGACCACGAGCAGACCUCCUUCUCAGACCAACUAUCACAAAAUCAACCAAUAUCUUGAAUCCCAACAGCAGGGGCAAACCGUGGGCAGCACUGCUGCCAUGUCAACCAAUGUCCCUCAAAAUCCUGCUGCAUCCACAUCUGGAUUCCCUAAGUCGAUCGCCUCACAAAUGCCUGCACACAUGAACCCCACACUGGACAUCGAAUUCGACCCUGACCAGCCGCCCCCAAACUUGGCACCCAGACGCGGAAGCAAAUCUUUACCGGCCUCUCCUCUCAGCAGCCCAAAAAGCUCUAGGAAAUCACUUCAAAAUCGCUAUUUCACAGCCGCCUUUUCAACUCCAGAACCCAACACGCCAGGUUACUCAGGGUGGAUCCUGUCAAGUCUCCUGGGACCUCGAGAGCAGCUCCCGGAACUGCAGCUGCCCCCAAUCAGCGAAAGUCCCGCAGCAGGUGCAGCUUUUCCGCCACCUCCCCCGCAGGCCUCUGGCCAACAACUGGCUGUUCAGCAGCAGGGUUUGCGGAAAACCAAAUCAGCCAUCGCCUUGAACGACGAAGACGAAAAAGACGGAGAAAGGGUCAAGAUGACACCUCUUGUGGCAGAGGCCAAGAAAAUCCAGGCCUACAAACCGAAACCAUCAGAACUGCGAGAGUUGAAUUUCUGGUCCCCGACUUCAAUGUAAUUGUUGAAAGACAUGCAAAAACUCUCUUUGCUCCAAUUUGAUCUGCAUUCGAGAAUAUUUUUGAAAAGGCUGAUGAGAACAAAAGUAUGAAUCGGGCUUGUUUACUGCAUAUUAUUAUUAUUUUUUCAACUCUGCAUUUUGACGUGUAUUUUUUGCGCAGUCAGAUAAUAGAAUGUUUUCUUUCUUGUAAUCAGUUGGUCGCUGCAUCUAGAAAAUUUUAUUGCCUGACUAUAAACACGCUCUUCACCAUUUUACAUUUAACCAAACGUUUUGAGAAAAGAAACACUGCUGGGCAACAUUUUUUUGCAAUUGUGUAUAAAGAGUAGGUGGUUUGUUGUUUACUUAUGUAUUUGAUUAUGAUAUCUAUCUGUCAUAUUGUUGAGUUCCAUACCUUAAUAUUAUUACUCUAGUGUUUAAUGAGCAACCUGCAUAGCUCCGAGGAAAUAAAAUGUAUGAAACUACAAA